AUGAAUCCCACCGACCCAACAGGGUCCGCACCGGUCAACAAGCCCAAGGUCCGGCUGAGCUGCGAAACCUGUCGACAGCGUAAAGUCAAAUGCGAUAAGCUGGACCCGUGCACGAACUGCCAGCGUCUCGGGGCGAGAUGUGUCCCGGUUGAGCGGGCGCGUCUGCCUCGUGGCAGAUCGGGCCGCUUGGCAACAGAGCGACCCGGGGAUCAGGAUGCGAAUUUGAAAGAUCGCGUCUCGAAGCUGGAAAGUAUCCUUCGGGAUCUGGCUCGUGGGGGCAGUCAAGCUUCUGCUCGGGCUAUCUUGGCUGCGGCGGUCGAGGAGGGCUCGCAGGAUGGGGAGAAUUCGCUCGGCGACGACGAUUCGCAGGCUGGGGGGGUCCGCACGCCUGAUACGUAUCUCGGGUCUUCGUUUUGGGCUAAUCUUUUGAAUGAGGUGCCGGAUAUGCAUCCGAGUGAGCGUCGGAGCUCAAAGAGUGAUGACCAUGAUGCUGAGAAUAGGAAUCUCAUUAGCUAUCGUCGGCUUUUGACUAUGGCUAGCGGGGGUGGGAUCAAAAGUGAACCUGUGUGUUCCUCGCCGACCCAUCAGCAGCUAUGUUGUCUAUUCAUGCAGAGGGUAGACCCGCUUUGCAAGAUCCUACACCGGCCAACACUCAAGGCAUUUCUCGUGGAUGGAAGUCCGUAUCUGGACUAUGAGCCGGGACAUCUGGCUCCAACUGCGCUCGCCUAUUCGGUGUACUACGCAGCGUCGUGCAGUCUCAUUGACGAAGAGAGUAUGCGCUGCUUCGGCAUCCCCAAGUCAUCCAUGGUCGCACGAUACCAUAAGGAAGCAGAGACAGCCCUGGCCCGCGCGGACUUUAUCACCACCAACGACCUCACCGUCCUCCAGGCCUACGUGCUCUUCCUCCUCGCACUGCGCUCCCAAGACCAAAGCCGCCGCAUGUGGACGAUGCUCAGCAUGGCCCUCCGCAUCGGACAAGCCCUCUCCCUCCAUCUCCCCGACCCCCCGUUCCACGUCCGACCCUUCGAACGUGAACUCCGCCGACGCCUCUGGAUCGCCAUCGGCUUCCUCGACGUCCAAGCCUCCAUGGACCGCGCCUCCGAACCAAUGAUGCAAGCCAGCUGGCUCGAAUCCCACCCCCCAGCCAACGUCAACGACAUCGACCUCAGCCCCAACAUGGAAGCCAACCCCGUCGACUCCCCCGGCUUCACCGACAUGACCUUCACCAUGAUGAUGCACAAAUCGCAAUACGUCGCCCGAUCCCUCAACUUCUCCGACUUCAUGGAACCCUCCAUCACCACGCUCGCCAUCCGCCAACAACUCGUCCUCGAAUUCAAACAAUCCGUCACCAAACUCCUCCACCACUCCAACCCCGACCACAUCCCCCUCCACUGGCUCACCCGCGCCAUCGCCGAAUGCACCCACGCCUCCCUGCAACUCAUCACCCUCCGGCCUCUCCAACGCGCCCCCAACUUCACCCCCCCGCACGUCCGCGGCGACCGCCUCCUCGAAUUCGCCGUCAACGUCCUCAUCCUCUCCCGUCGUCUCCGCUCCGACCCCCGCUUCGCCACCUACCAAUGGUUCGAAUUCGCCUUUCCCCCCUGGCACUGUCUCGCCGUCGCCCUCGCCGAGCUCUGCGUCUGCGACGACCAAUCCGUCAUGGAACGUUUCUGGGAUCCCAUCGAAGAUACCUUCCACCAACUGGGUCGCCUCAUCGCUGACUCCCAGCGCGGUAUGCUCUGGAAACCCAUGGAAAAGAUCAUGGCGCGUGCACGCGAACGACGCGCACAGCUACUUGCCACGGACGCUUUCUCCCCCUCUACCACAACAACCAUCCAACAACAACAACCCCAACAACAACAACAACAACAACAACAACAACAACCCCCAAUCCCCAUACAAAUACCCCCACAAGACUUCAUCCCCGGAAUGCACACAGACACUCAAGUCGGCCUCGACCAAGCCGUCGCGGCCAUGAACACGCCCGAAAGUGUAGACAGCACGUGGCCGAAUGUCUGGGACGCGGUGGAUUUCAGUUACGCGGCGCCCGGACCCGCGCAGAUGGCGUGGACGAGUUAUGGGGAUUUCGUGGCGGAGUUUUAUGUUAAUGUUGAUGAUCCGUUGGUGAAUCGGUGA